CGGGGCCGCGUCAGCGCCGGGGCCGGGGGAACCUCCUCAAUGAGCCCCAGAGGCGCGUGCGGCCGCGGCGCGCGCGGCUCCGCUCCCCCCGCACCAUGAUCGCCUCCCACCUGCUCGCUUACUUCUUCACCGAGCUCAACCAUGACCAGGCGCAGAAGAUUGACAAGUACCUCUACCACAUGCGGCUCUCCGAGGAGACCCUCCAAGAUGUGUCCCAGCGUUUCAGGAAGGAGAUGGAGAAGGGGCUGGGAGCAGACACCAACCCCACCGCCACGGUGAAGAUGCUGCCCACCUUUGUGAGAUCCACCCCAGAUGGGACAGAGGAGGGCGACUUCUUGGCGUUGGACCUGGGUGGCACCAAUUUCCGCGUGCUGCAGGUGAAGGUGUCUGACAACGGCCUGCAGAAGGUGGAGAUGGAGAAUCAGAUCUACGCCAUCCCCGAGGAGCUGAUGCGAGGCAGUGGGGUGCAGCUCUUCGACCAUAUUGCUGAGUGCUUGGCCAACUUCAUGGAGAAGCUGAAAAUCAAAGACAGGAAACUCCCCCUUGGGUUCACCUUCUCCUUCCCGUGUCACCAGAGCAAACUGGAUGAAAGCAUCCUCGUUACAUGGACAAAGGGAUUCAAAUGCAGCAGCGUGGAGGGGAAAGAUGUGGUGUCGAUGUUGCGCAAGUCCAUCAAGAAGAGAGGGGACUUUGACAUUGACAUCGUGGCCGUGGUGAAUGACACUGUUGGGACCAUGAUGACCUGUGGCUAUGAUGAUCAUAACUGUGAAGUUGGCCUCAUCGUUGGUACCGGUACCAACGCCUGUUACAUGGAGGAGAUGAGACACAUUGACCUGGUGGAAGGGGACGAAGGUCGCAUGUGCAUCAACAUGGAGUGGGGGGCCUUUGGUGAUGAUGGCGUGCUCAACGACAUCCGUACAGAGUUCGACCGCGAGAUAGACAUGGGCUCGCUCAACCCUGGCAAACAAUUGUUUGAGAAGAUGAUCAGCGGGAUGUACAUGGGAGAGCUGGUCCGACUCAUCCUGGUGAAGAUGGCCAAGGAAGGGCUCUUGUUUGGAGGAAGGCUCACACCAGAUCUGCUCACUACUGGCCACUUUGAGACCAGAUACGUCUCUGCUAUUGAGAAGGAGAAAGAAGGCCUGCAGAAAGCCCACGAGAUCCUCACAAAGCUGGGCCUGGAGCCAAGUCACGAAGACUGUGUGGCCGUCCACCGCAUCUGCCAGAUUGUCUCUACCCGCUCGGCCAACCUGUGUGGCGCUACCCUGGCAGCCGUGCUGCGACGCAUCAAGGAAAACAAGGGAGUGGACCGUCUGCGGUCCACAGUCGGCGUGGAUGGCUCCGUCUACAAGAAACAUCCUCACUUUGCCCGUCGUCUCCAUAAGACUGUGCGGAAGCUGCUGCCGGACUGUGAGAUCCGCUUCGUGAGGUCAGAAGAUGGAAGCGGCAAAGGCGCAGCCAUGGUGACGGCGGUGGCCUACAGACUGGCUGCCCAGCACAAGGCACGGCAGAAGAUUUUGGAGGCGCUCAAACUGAGCCACGAGCAGCUCCUGGAGGUGAAGCAGAGGAUGAGGAUAGAGAUGGAGAAGGGGCUGGGCAAGGAGACGCAUGCAGAGGCAACAGUGAAAAUGCUGCCCACCUACGUGUGCUCAACUCCGGAUGGGACAGAAAAAGGAGAUUUCCUCGCCCUGGACCUGGGCGGUACCAAUUUCCGUGUGCUGCUGGUGCGCGUGAGGAAUGGGAUGAGACGCGGUGUUGAGAUGCACAAUAAAAUUUACUCCAUCCCAGUGGAGAUCAUGCAGGGGACAGGAGAGGAGCUCUUCGACCACAUCGUCCACUGCAUCUCUGACUUCCUGGAAUACAUGGGAAUGAAGGGUGUAUCUCUCCCACUUGGAUUCACUUUCUCCUUCCCUUGCCAGCAGACCAACCUGGAUGAGGGGAUUCUCCUGAAGUGGACAAAAGGUUUCAAGGCGACCGGCUGUGAAGGAGAAGAUGUGGUGAACCUGCUGAAGGAGGCGAUUCACAGGAGAGAGGAAUUCGACCUGGAUGUCGUGGCAGUGGUAAAUGACACAGUUGGCACCAUGAUGACCUGUGGGUACGAAGAUCCGUUUUGUGAAGUUGGGCUGAUAGUCGGCACCGGCAGCAACGCCUGUUACAUGGAGGAGAUGAGGAACGUGGAGCUGGUGGAAGGGGAGGAGGGCAGGAUGUGCAUCAACAUGGAGUGGGGGGCGUUUGGUGACAGCGGGUGCCUGGAUGACAUACGGACAGAGUUUGACGUGGCGGUAGAUGAGCUGUCUCUCAAUCCUGGGAAGCAAAGAUUUGAGAAGAUGAUCAGUGGGAUGUACCUGGGGGAGAUCGUCCGAAACAUCCUGAUGGAUUUCACCAAGCGAGGGCUGCUCUUCCGGGGACGGAUCUCAGAGCGGCUGAAGACCAGAGGGAUCUUUGAGACCAAGUUCCUGUCCCAGAUAGAAAGUGACUGCCUGGCCCUGCUCCAGGUCCGCUCCAUCCUCCAGCAUCUUGGCCUGGAGUCCACAUGCGACGAUAGCAUCAUCGUGAAGGAGGUGUGUACGGUGGUGGCCCGGCGGGCAGCUCAGCUCUGCGGGGCUGGCAUGGCAGCCGUGGUGGACAAGAUCCGGGAGAACCGCGGGUUGGACUUCCUCAAGGUCACGGUCGGCGUGGAUGGCACGCUCUACAAGCUGCAUCCUCACUUCUCCGCCGUCAUGCAUGAAACAGUGAAGCAGUUGUCUCCAAAGUGCGAGGUGACCUUCCUCCAGUCGGAAGAUGGCAGUGGCAAGGGCGCAGCGCUCAUCACGGCGGUGGCCUGCCGGAUCCGGGAGGCUGGCCAGCGAUAGGAGGAAGGAGGUUUGCCGAAGAGCUUGGUUUCAGCAGAACAGGACGUUUCCCCCCCACCCCCGGUCCCUCCCUCCGUACACACACACAUACGAGGCCUCCCCUUGCAAGCAGACUCUCGGCUUUACUUGUUCCCGUGAGAUACCACCAGUGGGACUGGAGAUGCUGUGUACUUUAUAGAAAGAGCUGUCGUAGGAGUUUCAUUGCAUGCCAUAAAACCGCGUGUCGAGUAAAGCUCAAAGCGUCUUUUGGCUGUCUGCCUACAUUCCCAGUUAGAGCUGGACCUGUUCCACUUGCAGCCUCCAUCAAACACCAGCUCUCCUCCCCACGUCUCCUAACCACUCUCCCACCUUCCCAAACAGCAGAAAGGGUAAUGCUGGAAUAAUUAAGACACUGCAUUGUCACUUUACAGUAACCGGUUCCUAUUUAUGUCUGUCGUAGCGUGUCCAUGCUGUAGAAAGCAAACCUCUCCAAGAUUGGGCUAAAGACCUCCGUUAGUCUUUUACCCUGAUCAAGGCUGUAUUAUUUCCAUGAAAGUCAUGGUAACUUUUCAAGCACAGGGUGCAGAAUUCCAACCGGCGUGUUCCGGGUCUGCACUGGGAGAUACCAGGUAUCUCUGUUGGUGAGCAAUAUUAAAGAACCUGCUGGCUCCGAGUUAGAGGCGUCCCUUUAACGGCGCCAGCAGAGCACGUGCCUGGAAAUAAUUGGGGACUCAGGGUCUAAUCCCAUUUCCCGACCUCUCACCUCACCUGCACCCUAGAGUGUAGUCACGUGGCAUGUCCGUAUGGUUGUGUUGCACCUCUGAAAACCACUGGCACCCUUCCCAGGUGCAUGUGCGGAUACAGGAACCACCACCCGGCCGGGUCGCUCUCUUCCCUGCAGAUCCGCACAUCGUGGCCGUGUGUCUGUGCUUGGCGCGGUGAGUUUGGUUUGCUUUUUGUCUGUGAAAUAGUUCUGCGUCUUCAACCUUUUAGGUGACACCUGGAUUUACACACUGUAUAUUUAUGUUUCAAGAGAUCUGAUGUCUUUGUAUGUACAUAGUCUGGGGGUUAUAUUGCUUAGUUUUGGCUUCACCUUGCGAUGUCCCUGAAGAAUGGUAUAGAGAACUUAUUUUCUUUUUCUCUCGUGGUAUUUUUUUAAUUUAAAUUCUUUUUAGGGUAGAUUGGAGAGAGAGACACCCAUAUUCCUGAGGAUGGGCAUUCUGAAUUCAUCACCAGGACAAAAGGGAAACUAAGAAGGCAGGGAUGCGCAGCGCGGGGAGCAGUCGGGCCCUGCAGCAGCGAAGCUUUCAGGAUUAGGCUGGGAGGACCUGAGGAGAGGUUUUUCUUUUGUCCCGCUGCCCUCAUCGCUCUGGAAGGCGCCGCUGUUCCCUGUGGCAGCACGGGGUAAAAUAACGUCGGGCCCCCUCACAUUGUCCCGGGACAGCAAACCGCGGCUCGAGCACCGCUGGGGUGCGUGAUUCGCAGCGAGACGCUGGCAAAACCAAUCCCAACUCCUUCCAUCAAGUAAGCAGCAAUAGCUGAUGUCACUCCAUGGCCCUUUGGCAUCCUCAGGGCUGUCGGCAAGCGCUCCUGGGGCCGUGGGUGCCCAUAGCAUCAUUUUGUGUGUCCCAGGGAAAAGCAGUGAUUAAUUCUUGCUGACAGAGACACCUUAGGACAAAGCUGCAGCAAUGCUGGAGCGGGCGGAGGCACAUGGGAGGGGCUGUAAAUAUUUAGCAGAAGAGAAUGAAGUUCCGAUUCUGUACAACUAUAAUAAUUAAUAAUUCCCAGGAGCAGACCUUCACGUUGGAGGACGUUUUUGUCUAUUUUGAUGUAUAUUUUUACACUGCUUGGGGUACCCUCAUUCCCAGGAGUCUCUCUGCUGUCUUGGGGGUCACGUGCAGUAGCACAAUUUUAAAGCAAAAAUCACUCUUCGGGCAUUUUAAAUGCUUAUUUUUAUAUAAGCCUCAAGACAAUUAUAACAAAGCAAAUCUGACUGUGUAUAGAAACAAUGUAAGAAACCAAGUUCAGUGAAAAGUUUUAGAAGGUGUUAAAUAAAUUUUGGAAAGAUGAUCCCAAACUCCUCUGCCACGGUCCCAAGCAGUCGUGUGUUUAUUCCUGAGAGCAGCCUUUUGCCUGCUGACAAACUGAACCAGAAAUGUUUUUAGCUGCCGCACCGUGCAGAAAGUUGCAUUAGUGAUAGGAUGAGGGGAGUGGUUUUCAGCUGCAAGAGGGGCGAUUGAGAUGACAUCUGAGGAAGGAAUGUUUUGCUGUGAGGGUGGGGAGGCCCUGGCCCAGGUUGCCCAGAGCAGUGGUGGCUGCCCCAUCCCUGGAGGGGUUCAAGGCCAGGCUGGAUGGGGCUUGGAGCCCCUGAUCCAGUGGGAGGUGUCCCUGCCCAUGGCAGUGGGGUGGGACUGGAUGGGCUUUGAGAUCCCUUCCAACCCAAAUCAUCCCAUGAAUCUGUGAUUAGCGGCUGUAUUUUUAAACUCUUAUCCAGUUGGGCGCCUCCUGGAACACGUAGUGUUUUCAUCAGUUAGUGAGGUAAAUUUUAUACAGCUUUAGUUUGGGAGGAGAGUGGAAAAGAGUGAGACUGUGGGCAGCUGAUUCCGGCUCCCGUGCAGCAAAUUGUUGGAGUGGGUGACUGAAAGGGUGAGAAGAUGCGGGUGGUUCAGUACCCGGUUAGCGGGGACGAGUGGAGCGGGGUAACCUCGCUGCCCGUGCCUCUCCGCAGCACAGACUGGGGCUGUAGCCUCGCAGCGGUGGGAAGGAUUGACUCUACCCUCAGAGGGUGGUGGGGAACAGCCGAGCGCUGUCUCCUCUCCUGGAACAGAGAAAGGGAAGACCGUGCAGCUCCUCCCCUGGAGCUAGAGCUUCUUGGUCUGCCCCACAGUGCCUGGGCUGGGCCAGUAUCGGCUCUGUGGGGCUAACGAGGCGAGGGAGACGUGCUGGAGCUCAAGGAUACAGACUGAAGCAUUCUGUGAGGUCAGGGAGGGUUUUGGGCUGGGCUUGGUCCGAUGGAAUCCCACCUGGAUACCACCCAGGCUCUCAUAAUGCUUGAGAACCUUUGCUUCCCCCUCACUUUGUCUCAGAAUCAAGCAGGGGCUGAAGUGUUUCCAGGUAAACAGCAACACUCGCAGUGUUUCAAGACCCCAUCAUUAUGGCGUGGCUGCAGGGAUGCCCUUGGCCCUGGCUGUGAGAAAGGGUUUUAUUAAAGAUGAAGAGACAUUUGUGCUCCUCUUCAAAGAGGAUGAGUAGCAUUUGCUGCACAGUCCGAUUGUCACUCUGGUGGGACUGUAACCUACAUGAGCACAGUGCCCUGGGACAGUCUGUGAACGUGUUUAAAAUGAGAAGGGAAGGUGAAAUCGUAACAAUUAAUAUGAAGGGAAGAUCAGAUCUGUUCUGCGUAGGGGGGGAUGGAC